AUGCAUUGGGUUUCUGUUUUGAUCCUAGUUGGCAUCUGUGGAAUAUCCUUGAGCCAAUAUGAUGAUCAGUACGAGGACAUAUUCUGGUUACAGCAAUAUUUACGCAGCCAAUCUUCCUACAGCUACUCACCAUAUUAUGAAGAUGAGAGUCCCCCAUAUUCUUUUUAUUCUUCUGAGCCAGUUGGAUCCUAUGUCGGAGAGCCUGUGCCUGAACCACCUGUUUCUAGGGAGUGCCCCCAAGAAUGUGAAUGCCCCCCUCAUUUCUCUUCUGCCUUGUAUUGUGAUACUCGCAAUCUUAAGUAUCUUCCAUUUGUGCCUUCUCGGAUGAAAUAUGCCUACUUCCAGAAUAACCAAAUUGUGGCAAUCCAAGAGGGAGCUUUUGACAAUGCAACCAACCUCGAGUGGUUAGCACUGCAUGGCAAUCAAAUAACCAGUGAGAAAUUAGGCAAGAGGGUCUUUGCCAAGCUCAAGAAUCUAGAAAGGCUGUACCUUGACCAUAACAACCUGACCAAAAUGCCUCACCCCUUGCCGCCAUCACUGAGAGAACUUCACCUGGCUUAUAAUCAGAUCUCCAAGAUCCCAUCCAAUGCCCUAGAAGGCUUAGACAACCUCACUGCCUUGUAUCUCAGCCACAACCGUAUCCAAGAAAUGGGAUCAAAUCUCAAGUGGUUAAACUCUCUGAUCCUUGCAGAUUUCAGCUACAACCAGCUCACAAAAGUCCCUGGUGGGCUUCCAAGCACCUUAGAACAACUCUAUUUGGAGCACAAUCACAUAAAUGCAGUCCCUGAUGAUUACUUCAAGGUCUCCCCUAAAUUGCUAUAUGUACGAAUGUCUCACAACAUCCUGACAAAUGAAGAUCUCUCCCCAAAUGCUUUCAAUACAAGCAGCAUUCUGGAACUUGACCUCUCUUAUAACCAGCUUCAGAAGAUCCCGCGAGUCAGUACAAGCCUUGAAAAUCUUUAUCUUCAAGGGAACAAAAUAAAUGAAUUCACCAUCAAGAGUUUUUGCAGCUUUGUAGACAUCAUGAAUUUUUCAAAGCUACAAGUCUUGAGACUGGAUGGGAAUGAGAUCCGUCGCAAUCAUAUGCCCUCAGAUGCCCCACUAUGCCUGCGGUGGGCCAAUGUCAUAGACAUUUAG